AUGGGUAGAGCCGCUCUCAUAACGACGGCGGUAGUUUUCCUAGCCGUCGGAGUAAUUUUCUCUCCGGAAACAUUCGGAUCAAAGUCAACCGCUCUUUCCACUUACCUCAAACUAGCGCACCUUCUAGGCUUCUCCAUCGCUUUCGGCGCCGCUCUAUGGGUUACCUUUAUCGGCGGGAUCAUCAUGUUCAAGAAUUUGCCUAGGCAUCAGUUUGGUAAUCUUCAAAGCAAGAUGUUUCCGGCUUAUUUCUCAAUGGUUGGUGUUUGUAUCUCCGUGGCAGUGGCUUCCUUUGGAUACCUUCACCCAUGGAAAACUUCAUCUACUAGUGAGAAAUACCAACUUGGCUUCUUGCUUUCCGCUCUUGCCUUCAAUCUUACUAAUUUGUUCGUCUUUACACCAAUGACAAUUGAGAUGAUGAAACAAAGGCAUAAAGUGGAGAGAGAGAAUAAGAUUGGAGAUGAAGUUGGGUGGUCAAAAAAUGUUGAGGUUGCAAAGAAAAACCCAAAGCUUGCAGCUAUGAAUAAGAAGUUUGGUAUGAUUCAUGGAUUAUCUUCCCUUGCCAAUAUCUUGUCAUUUGGAAGCCUUGCAAUACACUCUUGGUACUUGGCAGGUAAACUUGAUCUCUGA